CAGGGCUGCUCCACACUGGGAGGUGGGCAUGGUGGAAUGAUGAAAUCCUUGAAUGGUUUGGCUUGGAAGGGACCCUAAAGAUCAUCUGGUUCCAAGCUGAGCAGCCUCCCAGCACAGCAGGUUGCUGCGGCCCCUGUCCAAGCUGGCCUUGCAUGUUCGUGGGCAUGGGGCAUGCACAGCCUCUCUGCGCUGGUCCCUGUGUCAGGGACAAGCACCCUGACAGGAAAGAACUUCUUGCCAUCAUGGAAUGGAUUCCAGCUCUUGCAGUUUCAUCCCAUUCCCCCUUGUUCUGUGACUUCAGUUGCUGACAAAGAGUCCUCUCCCACUUCCCUGUAGGUCAGGAUGUUCCUGCAGUGUCACACAUGUGGCUGAAGCUGCAGCCAGGAGAGAGAGAAGCCAAGCUGGCAGAGAGAGGAAAUGGGGAAAGUGACAUGAGAGAUGAGAGAAGAAGGAACAAGUAGAGACAUGCAAGGCAUUGGGUUGGGUGAUUUGUGGCAUUCAUGCCUUUUAUUAGAGGCCAGGUUCUCUGGUGCACUCAAUGACUGUGUGAUUGCGGCGUGUCCACAGUGAGCCCGUGUGAGCGAGCUGCACUCCCAGAGGCCGGAGCACACUUGCUUCAAGUGCUGAUGAAUGAGGCCAGAGAUGGGUCUUUGUGUGGAACUCCAAACGCUGUGCAUUGCCAUGAAGAGUGUUGUCCUGGGUUGACUAUAUGAUGCUUUUAUCCCCAAUCGUCUUGUUCUGUUUACGCUGAAUAAUAUGUUUUAAACCUUUAAGACUCUCUUCCAGACAGUGAGGACGGGAGGGAAGAAGCGCACAGUUUGUUUUCAGACUGCUCUCACUCGUCCACAUUCCUGCUCCUGGACUGUGUUGUCUGCGGAUGGACAGACAGCCGGACAGAGCUCCUUUUUUCCCUUUUUCUUUUUUUUAGUUAGUUUUAGCUGGCUGAGGCAAAGAAGUUCUCCAGAUUGUGAUUUUUUUCCUGUUUUCUUGGACCUGUUCAAGCCUGCUCUGCACUGAACACCCAGAAGAGCACCGGCAGCUCCACCUGUAGCCCCUGGCCAGGCCUAGGCCGCGGCGUUUCCAGCACCAGAGACUGAUCAGAGACUGAGUGAGCCAAGCUGCAACCAAGAGAGAGGACUGUUCUGAGUUUGCUUUCCUUGGAUCACAGUACAGAUCAGAGGUUCUAGUACCCAACGCAGACGUUCCCCAGAUGGAGAAAGAAAGUACACCCCACGAGCUGAGCUGUGGUUCUUUCUGCGUAAUUGUAGAGAAAACAUGAAGCUAUAAGAUGAAAAAUCCACCGCUGCUCUGGCCCGAAAAGUACGUGAAUUAAAAGAAGACAAAGCUCAGAGAAGAAGUUCCACCACAAGGAAAGCAGCUCCAGUUACCCAUAGCCAAACUGCCAGGUAUGAUAAUAAUAAUGACAUGUCUAAUCCCCUUGAAAAAACCUCUAAGACAUAUGCCCAAAGAAAGAAAGAUAACCAAGCUUAGAGGAGCCCUGCCGCUAGCCAAGUAGAAGCUAAAAAAAAUCGUGUUUUCUGGACAGUAUAGAUUCGUUGGCCUAGCACAUCAGAACCACAAAAGUAUAAAGCUUUAGUCAACACUGGUGCACAGUGUACCAUAAUUCCAUCAAGACACGUAGGGACAGAAUCCGUUUCUAUCGCUGGUGUGACAGGGAGAUCACAAGACUUCACUUUAGUAGAAGCUGAUGUGAGCUUGACUGAGAAUGAGUAGAAGAAACAUCCUAUUGUGACUGGCCCAAAAGCCCCAUGUAUCCUGGGCAUAGAUUAUCUGUGAAGUAGGUAUUUCAAAGACCCAAAAGGACUGAAGUAAGCAUUUAAGAUAGCAACUAUAGUAACAGAGGGCGUCCAGCAAUUGAAUACCUUGCCUAGACUGUCUGAAAAUCCAUCUACAAUAAAGCUUCUAAAGAGAAAAGAACAACAAGUACCAAUUGCCACUUCCACAGUACAUCAUCGACAAUAUAAAACCACUCGAGAUGCUGUAAUUCCCAUCCAUAAGAUGAUGCGAGAGCUAGAGAGCCAAAGAAUAGUCAACAAAACCCACUCACCCUUCCACAGCCCCAUCUAGCCUGUGCAUAAAUCUAAAAGAGAAUAGAGACUGACGGUUAACUACCGUGCAUUAAAUAAAGUGAGUCCACCACUGAGCGCUGCUGUACCAGACAUAUUAGAGCUCCAGUAUGAGCUUGAGUCCAAAGCAGCGAAGUAGUAUGCCACUAUCAAUAUUGCCAAUACAUUUUUCUCCAUUCCGCUGACAGCAGAAUGCAAGCCUCAGUUUGCCUUCACCUAGAGAGGUGUGCAGUACACUUGAAACCGACUGCCCCAGGAGUAGAAGCACAGUCCUACCAUCUGCCAUAGACUGAUCCAAAGUACACUAGAAAAAGGUAAAACUCCAGAACAUCUGCAGUAUAUUGAUGACAUCAUUAUAUAGGGGAAGACAGCAGCAGAAGUGUUUGAGAAAAGAGAGAAAAUUAUCCAAAUUCUCCUGAAAGCCGGCUUUACCAUCAAGAAGAGCAAAGUCAAAAGACCUGCUCAAGAAAUCCAGUUUCUAAGAGUAAAGUAGCAAGACGAACAGCGUCAGAUUCCCACUGAUGUCAUCAACAAGAUAACAGCAAUGUCUCCACCAUCGAACAAGAAGGAAACACAAGCUUUCCUAAGUGCCAUAGGUUUUUAGAAAAUGCACAUUCCUGAAUACAGUCAAAUCGUGAGCCCUCUCUAUCUAGUCACCCAUAAAAAGAACACUUUCCACUAGAGCCCUGAACAGCAACAAGCCUUCGUCCAAAUUAAGCAAAAAAUCGCUCAUGCAGUAACCCUUAGCCCAGUCAAAACAAGACCAGAUGUGAAAAAUGUGCUCUAUUCUACAGCCGGGAACCAUGGUUUGUCCUAGAACUUGUAGCAGAAAGUGCCUGAAGAGACUCGAAGCCGACCACUGGGAUUUUAGAGUCGAAACUACAGAAAGUCUGAAGCCAACUAUACUCCAACAGAGAAAGAAAUUUUAGCAACCUAUAAAAGAGUCCAAACUGCCUCAGAAGUAAUAAACACCGAAGCACAACUCCUCCUGGCACCCCGACUACCAGUACUGGGGUGGAUGUUCAAAGCAAAAGUUCCCUCUACCCACCAUGCCACCAGUGCUACAUAAAAUAAGUAGAUUGCUCUCAUAACACAGCGUGCCCGUAUUAGAAAGCUGAAUUGCCCUGAAAUUCUAGAAAUAAUUACAAACUAGCCAGAAAGUAAAAACUUCAGUCUCACUGAUAAAGAAGAACAAGAAAUGACACAUGCUGAAGAAGCUCCUCCAUAUAACCAACUGCCAGCGGAAGAAACACAAUAUGCUCUUUUUACUGAUGGUUCCUGUCGCAUGGUAGGAAUGAAUCGGAAGUGGAAAGCAGCCGUAUGGAGCCCCACACGACAGGUUGCAGAGGCCACUGAAGGAGAAGAUGGAUCGAGCCAACUUGCUGAACUCAAAGCUGUUCAACUGGCCUUGGACAUUGCUGAAAGAGAGAAGUGGCCAAAGCUCUACCUCUACACUGAUUCAUGGAUGGUAGCCAACACUCUGUGGGGAUGGCUGGAGAGGUGGAAAGAGGCUAAUUGGCAGCGUAGAGGAAAACCAGUUUGGGCUGUUGAAGAGUGGAAAGACAUCGCUACCAGGGUAGGGAGGCUACCUGUGAAGGUCCGCCAUGUAGAUGCCCAUGUCCUCAAGAGUAGAGCUAAUGAGGAGCACAAGAACAAUGAGCAGGUAGACCAGGCUGCAAAGAUAGGGGUGUCCAAGACAAACCUAGAUUGGGAGCAUAAGGGAGAGUUAUUCCUAGCUCGAUGGGCCCAUGAUGCCUCAGGUCAUCAGGGUAGAGAUGCCACCUAUAAGUGGGCACGAGACCGAGGAGUGGAUUUAACCAUAGACAGUAUUUCUCAAGUUAUCCACAACUGUGAGACGUGUGCUGCCGUCAAACAGGCCAAGCGGAUGAAGCCCCUAUGGUAUGGUGGGCGGUGGUCCAAGUACAAGUAUGGGGAGGCCUGGCAGAUUGACUACAUCACACUGCCCCACACACACCAAGGCAAGUGCUACGUGCUCACAAUGGUAGAAGCCACCACAGGAUGGUUGGAGACCUACCCUGUGCCUCAUGCUACUGCCCAGAACACCAUCCUGUGCCUGGAAAAGCAAGUCCUGUGGAGACAUGGUACCCCUGAGAGGACUGAGUCAGACAACAGGACUCAUUUCAAGAACAGCCUUAUUAGCACCUGGGCCAGAGAACAUGGCACUGAGUGGGUGUACCAUAACCCCUACCAUGCACCAGCUGCGGGAAAAGUGGAAAGGUACAAUGGGCUGCUAAAAACCACCUUAAAAGCCUUAGGUGGGGGAUCUUUCAAAAAUUGGGAGCAGCAUUUGGCAAAGGCCAACUGGUUAGUUAAUACCCGAGGCUCUACUAACUGAUUGGGCCCUGCCCAAUCUGAGCCUUUGCAUAGAGUAGAUGGAGACAAAGUCCCAGUGGUACAUGUCAGGGGUUUGUUAGGGAAGACAGUUUGGAUCAAUCCUACCUUGAGUACAGACAAACCCAUUUGCGGAGUUGUUUUUGCUCAGGGACCAGGUUGCACAUGGUGGAUAAUGCAAAAAGAUGGAAGAACAGGAUGUGUACCUCAGGGAGAUCUGAUUGUUGGGUGAGAACUAUGUAUAAAUAUCACUGUUUGCUGAAUGUUACCACCAUUGUCUGUGUAUAGCUGUAUAUUAGAUGUAUAAUAUAUGUGUUUGUAGAGUAAGAAUAUAUAUUAGUUUUAGUAGUAAGCCGAUGAUAUGGGGAUAAGGGGUGGAAUGUCCUGGGUUGACUAUAUGAUGCUUUUAUCCCCAAUCGUCUUGUUCUGUUUAUACUGAAUAAUAUGUUUUACACCUUUAAGACUCUCUUCCAGACAGUGAAGAGGGGAGGGAAGAAGCGCACAGUUUGUUUUCAGACUGCUCUCACUCCUCCACAUUCCUGCUCCUGGACUGUGUUUUCUGCGGAUGGACAGACAGCCGGACAGAGCUCCUUUUUCCCUAUUUUCUUGCUUUUAGUUAGUUUUACCUAGCUGAAGCAAAGAAGUUCCCUGGACUGUGAUUUUUUCCUUUUUUCUUGGACCUGUUCAAGCCUGCUCUGCACUGAACACCCAGAAGAGCACCAGCAGCUCCACCUGUAGCCCCCCUGUCUGGGCCUGGGCAGCAGCAUUUCCAGCACCAGAGAGACUGAUCAAAGACUGAGUGAGCCGAGCUGCAACCCAGGGAGGUGGCCGUUCUGAGUUUGCUUGUUUUUUUGGAUCAGUGAAAAGUUUUGUUGUUUAAUAUUGUUUGGGUUCUAUUGUUUAAUAAACAGGUUUCUUUCCACUUUUUCUCCAAGGAGAUAUUUUCUCCCAAACUGGUUGGAGGGUGGAGGGGCAAUUGAAUCUGCUUUUGUAGAGAAGCCCCUUUGGGGGUUAUCUCCCAAAUUUUCCCUAAACCAGGACAAAGUCCAAGGGACAAAUUUGUGCCAAUGAACUUCACACCUUGAAC